AUGCCGUUGGAGAUGGACUCCUGCCACUCCUGCGAAGCUGGCCCCUACGGUAACCACGUGUACAUGCGCGAUUCAAUCAUGUGGGAUCUUAAAUUUUCUUGCUAAACCAAACUGACAGAAGCGCACAAGAAGUCAUCAUUGUUUAGGGGUUUUGGAUUUGGGUCUUUGGGAAGUCGUGGUGUUGGUGGGCGUGUUCUGUGCUUCGUCAUAAUCGUAAUUAUAAUCGGAGAAUCAGAAGCAGUAAUUGGUGACCGACAUGGCACACAACCUAUUCGAGGGAUUGCCUCCACCUCAACACCAUGAUGAUCCUGAACCGCCGCAGCGACAACAAAAACCGCAUCUCAAUUUUCCCAGCACCGCUAACAACGACACGGAAUCCUCUCAAGUUGCAGCAGCAGCACCACCAUCGAAGCCAAUUCUCAAGAGUGCCCUCAAGCGCCCAAACCAUACUCCGUCUGACACUCAAGCUGCAGCACCAAAAAAAAGCUUGAAAUUUAAAACCUCUACGGAUGCUUCUGAAGGACAGGUUAUUAAGGCCAUGAAGAAGAUAACUUCCCACAUCAAGAACCCUGCAAAGGUCAACAAGGCUGCGAAGCUUGCUAUACAGCUGAUUCAAGCUGGAAGUGUAAAAUCUGGAACUAGUGAUUAUUUUUUUGCCAUAUUAGAAGCUGCAAUGUUAUCAUCUACACCUUGUACAGAUCCUUCGGUGCGGGCUGACUAUCAUUCUCUGUUCAUGGAAGCACAAAGCACCAAAGAAGUAAGAUUAAAAGUUCACAUGAUAUAUCUGUCCUUGCACCUCAAUAAGAAACAAAGGAAUCAACUGGCAGCAUGGACAAUAAUGGCCGUGGUAGCAAAUGAUUUAUACACAGAUGACAGCUUUGUGUUCUCAAAAGCAGCUGGACAAAUCAAGGAUGCUAUAUCUAACCUUCCUGUUGCAACAAAGGAUGAUGAUGCAGAGGAAGCAAUGUCUCUGGAAGACAAUACAAAUGUGGCAGAUGAAGAUAGUAAAACACGUGCCAAAGACAAGGAUAAUAAUGAUGAGGAUCAAGCUGACCCAUUUGGGCUUGAUGCACUGCUUCAUGAAUCCACAAAGAAAGGUGAAAAAUUAAAGACAAAGAGUGAGGGAGCUGUGAAGAUAAAGGAGGAUGAGGAAGAAACCAAGAGAUUCCUCAAGUCACAAAGAGAAGCCCUGAUAACUUGUUUAGAGAUUGCGGCUCGGCGUUAUAAAACACCAUGGUAAAUUCGUGUACUCUUUUCUGUUGUAUUCAUAUACCUUUGAUAAUGAGGCUAGAUUUACAGCACGUCAAAGGGAUGCUAUUGGGAAAUUGUGGGCUUCCAUAAGGGAGCAACUAACACGCAGGAAGCAAGGGAAGUCAGUUAAUGGAAAACUCGAUGUAAAUGCUUUUGAAUGGCUUCAACAAAAGUAUGCUGGAGAGAAGAUCAGCAUUCGACAUUCUGUUGGUGGUAGCGGAGAUCGUCGUGCACAGCAAUGGCUCGGUUAAACUCUGUUGGUGUUAGAGGAAGAGGAUGAGUCCUCAUUACUUCGCUGAGAAUGUUGUAACUUAAACUCACUGACUGAAACAGUUCUCGCGAGACAUGUAACGUUAUUGAGUGUGACAUUUUGCAAAGGAAAAUCAUGAAUGUCUUCUUGAACAAUGUAAAUCAUCUUGUGCAAAAUGGGCCCCUGCUUCGCACAUAAUUUUAUUUUAUGAAACUUCAAAUA